AUGUUGGAAGCGAAUGCAACCUUGAUCGAUUGGCAGGUGAUGCAGGCUGCUCAGGCAUUAUUAUAUGAAGUCACUAUCAAGCUGGCGGAUGAGCUCCCGUAUACAACGACAUCCCUCUCCAGUCCUGUUUUCGUGGCUUCAUGUCCUGUUCAGGAAGUCUCAGCCAUGUUGCAUCGAGAUCUCGCAGAGACGCUCAGAAUGAAGUCCUCCAAGUCUGUUAUUGGUACACUGACUGCUACCGAAGAACCUACUGGUAAACGGCGGAUGCCAGCGCUGGUGUUUCCAACCUCUGAACUCGACCCCAGAAGAUUUCCCAGUAUCGUAAACCACGAACAUCCAUCCGAGGAGGUACUUCAUCAGUUUGCCCUGCAUCAACCUCACGGCAAGUAUGGGUUUGAGCAUUCAGCCACGCUUCUCGAACCCGAAAGCCCGGACCCGAAGGUUUCACGAUGCUCUGGAUCCGCUAUGCGUAAGAUGCUGGGAUCCGAACUGUAG